AUGGGCAACUGGAAGCAGAUGCCAACAGGUCAAUCUGAAAGAGCUGUUUUACCAGUUGACAGUUGUCCAAUGAAUCUGUCUAAAGUUGAGGAUGCUUCUAAGAGACUUAAUUGCUCAUCAGGAAUUGACAAGUUUGAAAACACAUAUCAUUGUCUACCAUUGUCAGACUUUUCUCAGCUUGUAGAGUUGUGUUACCAAACCAGCUACUUAGUCCAGAAAGGAAAUUGCAUGGUUCUGCAUUCCGGUUAUUUAAACAACCAAUCAUGUCUUCAUUUCACCGAAGGCUGUCCCAAGACGUAUUACCAGUCUAAACGGAUGUUUGAAUUUCCAGAUUGCAUCCAAAUCAAUAAACGAAACAGAUGUUAUCUAGCUGAUCCCCGCUGUCCUACUUUAAGCAGUGACUUCCUCUCUACAACUGUCACUACAACACUUAAUGUAUCUCUAUCCAUUACAACGUCUACCAGUCAUGGAGAUACGUCUGGUGAUGAAGACUGGAUAGCGAUACCCGUGGUACUAUGUGUACUUGUCAUUAUAUUGAUCGUCGCAGGUUUUGUUUGGAAACGGAAAUGUUAUCGUUUUUUCUUUAAGGAAAAAAGUGGAGGUAAUUUUCUUUUUAAUUAUUCCCUGUAG